CUGGGACCAAAUAUUCAUAUCCAGCCAGUUUCUAACCGUUUCCUGAUUACAGAACUGCUGCGGCUCAGUUUAUCACUAUACUACGCUGGAUUAAUUUAUCUGCACUUAUAUAUGUAAGUAGCCGACGAAGGAAUUCACCCGGAAUCCGAAAUGAUGUGUGAUGGUGUGUGAUGGUAGUGAUGAAAAAGCCAAAUAAGCACUUUGUUUUAUCCGGUCUUCACGAAUCUACUUCCCGUAUAUUUCAGCCUUCAAAGCUUUACUCCUUGUUAACUGUUGUCGAUGUCAGUCGCAACAGCCAGUCAUUCUCAGACGAUUCGCCAGUCGCUUCACCUUUCUAUUGAACCACCAUCAUAUUUCUCCAGUCCUACCCAGUUCUCCCCGGAUUCUCCAUAUACCUCUUCAUCCUCAGCUCGGCCAAGCUCUGGCACCGCAGGGACCAGCCCAUUAAGCAGCGGCUCGGACAGCAUAAUAUAUUCCGUAUUAUGCAUGCAUGACUUUCUAUCUGACGACCCGACACAUCUUUCGUUUUCGAGGAACGAGAUUCUUGAUAUCUUCAAGCAAGAAGAAUCAGGAUGGUGGGCAGCUAUGCGGAGAGGUGGAGAUACCAUUGGCUGGAUACCCCAAGCAUUCGUUAGGCCUCUCGAAGAAGAAAUGGCGGAGAGACUCUUGAAUGUACGAGAAGAGUUGCGCAUAUACGAAUACGAAGCCGAACAGCUCUACGUUUCUGCUCCCAUCUCCCAAAUUCCUUAUGAGGAAUCGGAGAUUUUUCCUUCCUUGCUCCCCCAGGACUCUGUGGAAGCUAGUGUUUACCAAAACAUCUCCGACCCACGACGUACCGGUCGGCCUUAUCCUCCUCCAUCCCCUGCGACACCUAUGCCACAGCCACCUCUCUCAACUCUUUUGCCUAAAUUCAACACAAACAAACCCACUACCACUCCAAAAGAACAGGAACCUUCUAUUAGCCCGCAGAAUCGAACUCCCUCGUCAGCCACCCGUCGGCCAUUACCUCCUCUCGUUACAUUGUCAGAAGAUUCGGUAAGAAAUGACCCUUCUGUUUCACCGGAUACGAAGCGCCGCGACGAGAAGAUCAAAAAGUUGACCGGGAGUGAUGAUGCCCUUGCAUUCAUCAGUGCUGUGAAUCCGCCAUGGUACCUCAAACCUAGGCACGCGAACGAAAUUCAUACAGACGCCGAAGGCAAACUUAUUUUUGGAACGCGGAUUGCGCUGGUUGAGCGACUUGUAUGGGAUAUCAUUCCAUCUGCAGUCCUCCGAAUGAAUACUCAAGACAACUACCGGCGCAUGUUUCUGACAACAUUUCGCACGUUCAUGACGCCGGAUGACUUGUUCGAUAUGCUAGUUGACAUAUAUCGCAUGUCCUAUCCCGAAAUUUUGACGGAGUCCGAGUUUGACGAGUGGAGAGAUAGAUGUCUCCAACCCACGCAACGCCAAAUUCUUACAGUGUUUUCCAUGUGGUUGAAGGAAUACAGACUUUUGGAGGAAGAACCAGAUAUUUCCCGACGAUUAAACGAUUUUUUGAAAUUAAUAACUUCCCCGAGUCCUCUGGCUGCUACAGCACAAGAGAUCAUCGAAUCAAUCACACGCCUAACAUUCGAGACAGAUCCCCCAGCAACAUCCUCCCCCACCGACCGGCGAAAGAAGCAUAAACCGGUGAAAAAUGACCUACCUAGUUUUCAACCUUCCGAUGUCGCUGAACAACUGACGCUGUACGAGUUCAAACUUUACAGCAAAAUCACCCCUCAAGACUGUAUUGCUCAGGCAACACAUGGGACAAAAACAUCGGGGGGGUGCACCAGGUCGAGAGAAGCUUUAUCGACGUUCUGUGCUACCCAUGACAAGAUAGCAGCAUGGGUCACCGACACUGUUUUAAGCAGUCAUUUGGUUUCUCGAAGAGCGGAUACGGUCGAUUUCUGGAUCAAAGUGGCUGAGAAAUGCCGAAACUUGAACAAUUUUGCGUCAAUGAGUGCUAUCAUCAAUGCUUUAUCAAGUACAGUCAUCCACCGCCUCGAUCGCACUUGGUGGCAUGUCGGCCGCAAGAACACGUUCGAGACGCUUCUCAAGUGUAACGAACCGAGUGGGGGCUUCUCUGCUUACCGACAAUUACAUCUCCACGCCAUGGAUUCUCCCUGUGUGCCUUUUAUUGGGAUGUAUCUGACAGAGCUGGUCCACAUCAAGGACCAAUAUUCAGAUGGCGCCGGACGUGUAUCGGUGCUACAGCGACAGCGGUGGUACGACGUAGUGAUGAUCAUGCUUCGCUCUCAAGCGAGGCCUUACAACAUCACGGAGAACGAAACAAUGAAGUUUAUCCAGAGUAAUCUACGCGGGUGGACAACGACAAAGGAUUGGCAGGCCAAAUUUUGGUCGAAGAGUCAAGAGGUCCGGCGUUUGGAGCGCGAUAAUGCCGACAUCAGAAAGGGAUUAGAGCAGGCGGGAUUCUAGUAGAGAAUGAGGGUUCGUUUGGGACAUCAUAUGUUUAUUGUGACCAACUUAGGUGUUUAUAUCCAUGUUGCAUAGACUUUUUCCCUGCUUUGGUAUCUUUUUAUCAUUUUACACGAUCUCAUUUGCUUUUUUACCAUUACACUCUGCACUCUUGCUUAUGUUCAUGAUAACGACUUGUUGUACGCG